AUGGCCUGGUGGAAACGGCGCCGCCACGCGAUCACGGGAAGAAGCGCCCGGGGCCGGGUGAAGGAGGCCGCACUGGCGGAGGCGGACGCCCUGAUCUCCCUUCCCCCGGACGCCCUCGACAACAUCCUCGUCCGUCUCGGCAUCCGCGACGCCGUCCGCACGUCGGCGCUCUCCCGCGUCUGGCGACACCGAUGGGAGGCCCUCCCAUACCUCGAUCUCCACUUUCCCCGCCUCGGAGGCGAUGAGGGCGCGCCGGCGGGGCUGUGGUCCCUCGACGGCAUCCUCCUCCGCUGCCCCGGCCGCGUCCGGCUCUUCCACGCGGAGCUCGACGGGCCCUACGCAGGCCGCGUCCACGACUGGCUCUUCGUCCUCUCCCGCAGGGGUGUCGAGAUCCUGGACCUGAGCUUCAACGACUCGUUCCCCACCCUCCCCUCCUCCGUCUUCUCCUGCAGCCGGCUCACCUCCCUCAGUCUCUUCGGCUGCGCCAUUCCGCUCCUACCCGCAGGCUUCGUGGCCUUCCCGGAUCUAAAGAAAUUAACUCUCGCAAACGUCCACUUAGAGGACUAUGGGGAGUACCAACUUGAGGAGAUCAUAAGGACAUCCCCGUUGCUCGAGUAUCUGGUACUUACAGAUGUUUUCAUCGAUGGCGAGCACAUCAGAGAAUGGGUGAUUCGGGCGCCCAAUCUCAGGCACUUGACGAUUUGUUCAGAGAACUAUUAUGGCUGGAUCCUCAAGGACUUGACAUGCCUGAAUUCCGCAGUCAUCGAUUGGUUUGACAAUGUUGUUCACCACGAUUUUGCCAAGUUUCUUUCCGGGCUUGUUCAAGUUAGGAAGCUUUUGGUCGUUUCAUUCAACGCACCGAGUGCUAUGAUACCGAAGAUAAUUCUGUGCACCUUUCACAACUUGAAGAGCUUGAAGUUGCGUAUGCACUUUUGUGAGCAACCCCCUAUUAUGUUAGCGUUUUGCUUACUAAAGAGUGCCCCAAAUCUUGAAAAGCUUAAAAUAGAGAUCUAUGAUAAGGAGGAGCAGAAAUUUGAGGCAAAUGGAGAGUUUCAAAAUGCAUUAUGGACUGAUGGCAUGUGUGCCAACCUUCAGGUUGUGCAGAUGACCGGCAUUAAUUGGUGGCGAAAUGAAAUGUGCUUUAUAGAGCUCAUUCUCUCUAAAGCAAGGCUUCUUCGUGCAUUAUUUAUUAGCUAUGGUGGGAACGUUGUGAUGUCUAGUGAGGAUGCUAUAAAUGAAUUACUAACAUACAAAAGGGCUUCAGCUGAAGCUCAGGUCUUAUUUAAAGGUAAAGCAGAAGAGUAUUAUUAGGUCAGGACCAACUCCUGGGCAUCGCUGGAGAGGUGUGGCUCCGACGAGACAGUUCUAUCGCCUGAUGCAGUGUCUUCGAUCAGAGAUGCAGCAUGCAGAGAAUGGCUUCUCAAAAAGAACCAGUUCUGUUAAGAGUAAAAGGAACUGCUAGCAUUUUGUGUUUUGCUCUUUUCUGAAAUAUAUUGGUGUGCCAUCGGUGCUUUCAUCAGAGCUAACGAUGAGGUUUAAGUUCAUUGUCUUUGUCUAGCACUCUAGUUAGUAGUAUUACCGUCGCGAGAAGACGCCUUCGAACAUGGGUCGUGUCUCCUGUGACUUUCCAGGCCUCUGAAAGUGAAGCUCACGUUGCCUUUUGGUAUUAUAUCCU